UGUGAUAGGUUAGGGUCAAAGGUCUUUUUGUUUAUCAAAAUGGUGUCUACAAGACUGCUGCUCCAGCUAGCUCCAGUUCUACGCCUCCCUCAAGCUACUCGCUCCAUCACCUCGCUAGCUAAAAGGGGCAAAGGUGGCCGCUCGUCCUUCAGCGGUGUAGUGGCUACUGUGUUUGGAGGGCCUGGUUUCUUGGGGAGAUAUGUGGUGAACCGGUUGGGUCGUGUGGGGUCUCAAGUGGUUGUACCUUAUCGUGGAGAUGAGCAUGACUACAGAUACUUGAAGCCGAUGGGAGACCUCGGGCAAAUAGUAUUCGUGAAGUAUGAUCUGCGUGACCCUGAGAGUGUGUAUAAAGCAGUCAAGCACUCCAACGUAGUCAUCAACCUGGUGGGACGAGACUACGAAACAAGGAAUUUCUCGUUCACUGAUGUGAAUGUGAAUGGAGCUAGGACAAUAGCUGAAGCUUGUCAAGCUGCCGGAGUUAAGAGGUUGAUCCACUUCAGUGCUCUCAAUGCCACCAGUGAUUCACCCUCGCAGUUCCUACAAACUAAAGCUCAAGGGGAAGAGUUGGUACGAGAAGUGUUCCCUACAGCCACUGUAGUGCGACCAGCGGAUACUUACGGACAUGAGGAUCGAUUCCUGCAUUACUAUGCCAGCCUCAGGGUGUUCCCGUUCGGUGUUAUCCCAGUGAUGAGUGGAGCAGAUCAGACCACCAAGAGACCUGUCUAUGUUGGAGACAUUGCUCAUGCUGUUGGGAGUAUAAUAUCAGAUUCUGCCACUGCUGGCAAAACAUACGAACUAGCGGGAGCUACUGAGUACCCACUGCCAGAGCUGAUACAGUACAUCUAUCGAGUGAUGUACAGGCAGUGUACUGUCACUCCUCUACCACGAGCACUGUACAGGUUUGUCAGUUCCCUGAUGGAGUUGAACCCGUUCGUUCCGUACAUGACCAGAGACAUUGCCACAAGACUCCACCUCUCUAACACGCCCACUCCUGGUCUGCCUGGGCUAGAGGAUCUCGGGGUCACUCCUACUCAUCUAGAAGACGUUGCCAUCAACUUCAUCCGCCGCUACAGAAACUUUAUGGACUUUGACCACCCUAUUGAAGAAACCCAUCCAAACAGACCUAGUUAAUCAGUGACAGCCAUUGUUAGAGAACAGCAUGUACUAGUUAGUGUUGUGUAUGUUGUAAUAAUGUGAGUUAUGUUUUAAUACUUGAAGGCCUAGUUGUUGUGGCCAUUGAUAAUAAUUGUCUCUCUUACUUUUAA